AUGGAACAAGCGAAAUCAGCAUUGAAAACAGUUCAAACAACUGUUACUAAUAGUAUUAAAGACUUCAUUGGAGCUGAUAAAGGAAAUAAAAACAAUGAACAAAAUUCAUCUGCAACAAAAGACGAAUCAGCAUCGUCUGAAACUUAUGAAACUACCGAUACAUCAAAAUCAAGCGGUUCAUGUCCUAGACAACUUAGUAUUCGUGAUAUUCCAAUGCUAGAAAAUGUUCAAGAAGUUAAAAAGAUAUUUAAUCGUCAUUUACAUUUUACUGUUGCUAAAGAUCGUGAUAUAGCUACUAGUUAUGAUUAUUAUACAGCUGUAGCUUAUACAGUUCGUGAUCAUCUUAUUGGUCGAUGGAUUCGUACAAAUCAACAUCAUUUCGAAAAUGAUGAAAAGCGUGUCUAUUAUUUUUCUCUGGAAUUUCAUAUGGGACGAGCAUUAUCAAAUUGUUUGAUUAAUCUAGGGAUUGAAGAUACUGUUAAUGAAGCUCUUUCUCAAAUGGGUUUGAACCUUGAAGAAUUGGAAGAACUUGAACCAGAUGCAGCACUCGGAAAUGGUGGUCUUGGACGAUUGGCUGCUUGUUUUCUCGAUAGUAUGGCUACAUUAGGAUUUGCUGGAUAUGGUUAUGGUCUUCGAUAUGAUUAUGGUAUAUUUGCACAAAAAAUUCAAGAUGGUUAUCAAAUUGAAUAUCCAGAUAGUUGGUUAAAAUUUGGAACUCCAUGGGAAAUAGGUCGACCCGAACAUCUUAUACCUAUUAAUUUCUAUGGUAAAGUUAUUGAUGAUGAAAAUGGAAAAAAGAAAUGGAUCGAUACAGAAAUUAUUCAUGCUAUGCCAUAUGAUGCACCAACACCUGGUUAUAAUAAUAAUAUAGUUAAUACAUUACGUUUAUGGUCAGCGAAAGCUCGAGGAGAAUUUAAUUUUCAAUUCUUUAAUGCUGGUGAUUACAUUCGUGCUGUUGCUGAAGAAAGUUUAGCAGAAAAUAUUACUCGAGUAUUAUAUCCAAAUGAUAAUUUUGAUGAAGGAAAAAUUCUUCGUUUAAAACAAGAAUAUUUUUUAGUAUCAGCAUCAUUACAAGAUAUUAUUCGACGUUUUAAAAAUUCAAAAAUAUUUUCAAAUAAAAAUAAAAAAAUUGAUUUUACAUAUUUUCCUGAAAAAACAGCUAUCCAAUUAAAUGAUACACAUCCAGCUUUAACUGUUGCCGAAUUAAUGCGUUUAUUAAUUGAUGAAGAAAAUCUUGAAUGGAAUCAAGCAUUUGAUAUAACAAAAAAAGUUAUUGCUUUUACUAAUCAUACUCUAUUACCUGAAGCACUUGAACGAUGGCCAAUUGAUAUGUUUAAAAAACUUUUACCACGACAUUUCCAAAUUAUUACAGAUAUUAAUUCACAUCAUUUGGAUCUUGUGAGAAAAAAAUGGCCAGAUGAUGAAGAACGUGUUAAACGUAUGUCAAUUAUUGGAGGCGAAAAACAAGUAGUCAACAUGGGUUAUUUAUCUGUAGUCGGUUCACAUGUAGUUAAUGGUGUAGCUCAAUUACAUAGUAAUUUACUUAAAUCUACAAUAUUUAAAGAUUUUUAUGAGCUUAAUCCAGAAAAAUUUCAAAAUAAAACAAAUGGUAUAACACCACGUCGUUGGUUGCUUACAUGUAAUCCAGAUUUGUCUGAACUUAUUUCAAGUAAAAUUGGUGAUGAUUGGAUUACAGAUUUACGAGAAUUAUCAAAAUUACGCAAUUAUAUUGAUAAUGAACAAUUUAUUCAUGAUCUUCAACAGGUCAAACUUGAAAAUAAAAAACGUUUAGUUAACGUACUUGAAAAUGAUUUUAAGGUAAAAGUUAAUCCAAAUACAAUGUUUGAUAUACAAGUAAAACGUAUUCAUGAAUAUAAACGACAAUUAUUAAAUUGUCUUCAUGUUAUUACAUUAUACAAUCGUAUUAAAGAUAAUCCAAAUAUUGAUAAUGUACCACGUACAGUUAUUUUUAGUGGAAAAUCAGCACCUGGUUAUCCAACUGCAAAAUUAAUUAUCAAACUAAUUUGUAAUGUUGCGCGUACUGUUAGUGAUGAUCCAGCAGUUGGUGAACGACUUAAAGUUAUUUUUCUAGAAAAUUAUCGUGUUAGUCUUGCUGAAAAAAUUAUUCCGGCUGUUGAUUUAUCUGAACAAAUAUCAUUAGCUGGUUUGGAAGCAUCAGGUACAGGUAAUAUGAAAAUGAUGCUUAAUGGAGCAUUAACAAUUGGUACCUAUGAUGGUGCAAAUAUUGAAAUAGAUGAAGAAGUUGGACGUGAUAAUAUAUUUAUAUUUGGUAUGAAAAUUGAAGAAGUUAAUGCAUUACGUGAAAAAGGAUAUAAUUCGAAAGAAUAUUAUGAACGUGAACCGGAAUUAAAACGAGCAUUAGAUCAAAUACGUGAUGGAUUUUUUUCAUCUGAAGAUCCAAAUCUAUUCGCUGAUAUCAUUAAACAUUUACUUGAAUUAAAUGAUGAAUAUAUGUUGCUUGCAGAUUAUGCAGAAUAUUUGAAAGCACAAGAACGUGUUGAACAACUUUAUAAAAAUCACAUUGAAUGGACCAAAAAGUCUCUUUUAAAUAUAGCAGCAGCAGGAAAAUUUUCAUCGGAUCGAGCAAUUAAAGAGUAUGCAAAAGACAUUUGGAAUGUUAAACCAUCAAUGAAAAAAUUACCAGAACCUCACCAUGGUCGACCAGGCAUUAAAAAUGAAAUCGAAAAAAUUGAAAUGACUCAAUCAUAUUCUCAACGUGAAGAUUAUUAA